CUGGACAGCAACGAGUCAACAGCUGGAGGAGCUCUGAGCUGCAGGUACGACAUCUAUCUAUCUGAUCUGAAUCACUGUUGAGAUUGAAGAUGGAAAAUUUUGAUAAUUAUGAUUCCAACUACUAUGACUAUAACUACACUGAGGGAAUCACCGAAGCUCCACAUGACUCGGCCGUCUUCGCACACAAGGCGACGUGUUUGGCUGAAGCGCUGUGCGUGGGCUUACUCGUCAUCAGCAUCUUCAUUUUCCUGCUCGGCUUCUUGGGAAACGCCCUGGUGAUCUGGAUCUCAGGCUUCAAGAUGAGGAAGACCGUGAACACCACCUGGUACCUGAGCCUCGCCAUCUCCGACUUCGUCUUCUGCGCCUUCCUCCCGUUCAGCAUCGUCAACAUGGUCAUGGAGGAGUGGAUAUUCGGACGCUUCAUGUGUAAAUUCGUGUCCUCGGUGAUGUUUCUAAACAUGUUCAGUAGCAUCUUCCUCCUGGUGGUGAUCAGCAUUGACCGCUGCAUGUCUGUGGUGUUUCCGGUUUGGUCACAGAACCACCGCACCGUGAAUAAGGCAUCCGUGGUUGUGUGUCUCUCCUGGGCUCUCGCCAUUGUCCUGUGUGUCCCCUCUGCGAUCUAUCGUGAAGUUGGCUCUCACAUGGGCCGAACCAUUUGUUAUAACAACUACACAUCGUCCCAGUACGGCCACAAAACUGUCGCAGUGAGCCGCUUCUUUGCAGGAUUUGUCGUCCCCUUCGCCAUCAUCAUCAUCUGUUACUCCAUCAUCAUCCUCAAACUACGCACCAACAGACUGACCAAAUCAUCCAAGCCUUUCAAAGUCAUGACGGCGCUCGUCUUGGCGUUCUUCGUCUGCUGGCUGCCGUACCAUGUCUUCGUCCUGCUUGAGCUAGACCACCAAAAGUACGACCACAACGUGUUAGUGACGGGACUCAAAGUGGGAACUUCUCUGGCUGCAGCCAACAGUUUCCUCAACCCAGUGCUGUACGUGUUCAUGGGAAACGACUUCAAGCAGAAGUUCAAGAGCUCCAUGCUUUCAAAGAUGGAGAACGCCAUGGGAGACGAAGGCCGCACCAUCAGCAGGUACCUGUCCAGGUCCAGCUCCAUGGACGCCAGAGCCUCCACCCACAUCUAGACUUUACUGCACGACUGUUUUACAAGCACAGAUACUUCAAAUGUUUAAUGACUGUAGCACAAGAUAUGAAAUAUGUUAACACAUGCUGUAAAUAACUGUUCUUUUAUUGUUGACAGCACAGGGAAAUCUGCUGCCAGUUACAAUGUACAUAACAUAAAUCAUAAUGUAGUCAAAGACUGUGUGAGCAUGAGUAGACAUGUUCCUCUCAUGUCCUGCUGCAGACUUACGGUGUCUAUCUCUCCCUGCAGAAUGAAGGAAGGCGGCUAAAAGUCCUAAAAUUACUUCCUACAGGUACGGCCAGGUGGAAAACUGAACUCCAUAUGGUGUGGGUACUAAACAGUGAACUAAGGUUUAAUUUUCAUGGAUGAAUUUCACAUUUUGAGAGAGAAGAGCUGCUUAAAAAGUGCUGAUGUUAUUCCCGCUUGUGCUUCCAGUGGAUGGGAGCCACAUGCAAAGCAUUUUGGGAACCUAAUGCAGCGCGAGGCUGGAAGGUGCUGCCAUUUCCCACCCAGGUUGUAGUUCUUUUUCAGACUCAAUCAGAUUGUCCUCAAGGAUUUUCUUAUAUUUUACUGCAUUUAUUUUACCCUUCACCUAUACAAGCCUUCCAAGGCUGGCUGCUAAGAAGCAUCUCCACAGGAUGAUGCUGCUACCACCAUACUUCACGG